UGCUCAGCAUGGCCAAUGUUUAUAUGUGAACAUCGGUCGAGAACGUGACGCAAUUGUCGAAGAGAUUUAAUAUCCGUAGACCAAUUACCAUAUAUAGGAACCACCACCACCAAUUAAACCAUGCCCCAAGGAAACUUCAAAAGCAAGGGCCCUGCAAAGCCUGCGUCUGUUAAGAAAGGACAGAGACAGAAAUCUUUCAAAGCCAAGAGGGGAGGGAAAUACAUUGCACCCAAAAAAGCAAAGGCCAUCGAAAACAUGAUAGUGCAGAAGCAGUUACAGAAGGCAAUCAACUCAAGCAUCGAGCAAGAGAUGAAGGAACGCGCUUCGAAGGAUGCAACUGGCUUUAAGCUCUUCAAGAAAGAGAAGACUGGUGAUUCCAGCAAGAAGAAAUAGCACAUGAUGUAUUAGAUGAAAAUUACUUCAAAUUCUAGAUUUUAGAUUGAGUAUACGUAGUGUGGAUGGUUGGCAAUUGUGCCAAAAUUACCAGUGCACUAUGCAGUAUUAUAUUGUUGAUUACAGUAGGGUAUUACUUCCACUCUAUUUUUGCGUGAAAAUGGUUUUACAAAUAAAACAAAACCAGUUAUUCUGUU